UGUAAAUAUCUAAUGAGGCUCAUGUGCUCAAUGGCGCCCAUGAUGAAAGCUGUCGUAGUGUGUCUCGUAGCUAUAUUCGCCUCCCUAACAUUGGGAACCAAGCCAUAUACUCAAAAUUCUACAUACUACAACCCCAUAUUGCCAGGUUUCCAUCCAGAUCCUAGUUGCAUCUUCGUAAAGGAGUGGGAUGAUACUUUCUUCUGCGUAUCUUCAAGCUUCAACGCCUUUCCUGGCAUCCCCUUGCACGCAAGCAAGGAUUUACGGAACUGGAAACUCAUUGGACAUGUCUUGAACCGCAGGGAGCAACUCCCUCGGCUUGCGGAGACGAAUAGAUCAACAAGUGGGAUCUGGGCUCCGACACUGAGAUUUCACGACGAAACAUUCUGGUUGGUAACGACUCUUGUCGAUGAUGACAGAGCAACCGAUGAUGCGUCACGGUGGGAUAAUAUAAUAUUCCAGUCCAAUAAUCCAUUUGAUCCCCCUUCCUGGUCUGAGGCGAUACACUUCGACCUUGAGGGGUACGACACCUCGCCGGUGUGGGAUUCUAAUGGAAAGACAUACAUUGUCGGUGCACAUUCUUGGAAAGUCUUCCCAGGCAUCCUUCUAGCUGAAGCCAAUCUAGAGACUGGCGAAGUAGGUGAAUGGAAUGUCAUAUGGAAUGGUACUGGUGGGACAGCUCCAGAAGGGCCCCAUAUAUACCUCAAGGAUGGAUGGUACUACUUGCUCGCUGCUGAAGGGGGUACGGGACUCGAGCAUAUGGUUACGAUGGCAAGAUCUAAGAGUAUUCACGGACCCUACGAAGCUAAUUCCGCGAAUCCGGUUCUCACGAAUUCAAAUACGACCAACUAUUUCCAAACCGUCGGCCACGCAGACCUGUUCCAAGAUUCAACUGGUAACUGGUGGGGUGUCGCACUCUCAACUAGAUCGGGUCCCGAGUACAUCAACUAUCCGAUGGGAAGAGAGACUGUGAUGGUACCCGUCAUGUGGGCCGAUGGCGAAUUUCCGGUCUGGUCCCCCUUAAACGGUGAGAUGAGUGGAUGGGAAUUCCCCGAAACGAAUCUAGAAGUCGACGGGCCGGGGCCGAUCAUCACCGAGGGAGAUACUAUCGAUUUCGAACCAGAGUCAACACUCCCAGCGCAUUUCACACAUUGGAGAUUCCCAAUCCCGGAAUCAUAUACCAUAUCACCUCCGGACCAUCCAAAUACCUUGAAGCUAAACCCAUCAAAAUUGAAUCUCACAGCACUCAACGGGAAUUAUGCCGGUCCUGACGGUCAGACAUUCGUUGGGCGACGCCAGCAAGACACGCUCUUUACAUACAGCGUCGAUCUCGAUUUCGCUCCAACGUCUCUAGAAGAGGAAGCAGGAGUCUCGGUGUUCUUAACGCAGAACCACCAUCUAGACCUCGGUGUCGUUCUACUUCCAGCCAAUGCAAGUACCGCAUCGUUCGGAAAUACAGAUCUCCCAACGAACUCUUCAGAGUUGAUUCCUCAACUAAGAUUCCGCGGAAUCUCAUACGUGCCUGUGCCGGAUGAUGUUAUCGUCCCAAUUCCCGAAGCCUGGUCCGAUAAAAGACUCAGACUAGAAAUCAAGGCCCAUAAUAUGACGCAUUAUUCUAUGUCUGCUGGACCUGCAGAUGCGCUCUCGCAGAUGCGGACCAUCCUUGAUGUGUCGAAUGCGCCUGUUAGUUGGGGCUUCUCAGGCGUCAUCCUCGGUAUUUACUGUACGAGCAAUGGCUAUGAAGGGAACACGCCAGCGUAUUUUUCUAAAUGGAGAUAUAUUCCACAAGGCCAAUUCAGGAAUUAAAUUCUCGAUUUUAUUGUUAGGUACCUAGGUAGGAUCAAGAGUUUUUAUUGAGAAAAAUA